AUGGCGAAGAAAACAGCGUCAGAGAAGGCUGAUAAAACAGAAAAACCCGAUAAAGGUGGUAAUUCUGCCGAUAAAGGAGCAGGAGAUAAAACGCCAGUGGAAAAUGUAAAGGAAAAUGAAGAACAGCCCGUCGAACUUGACGCUAAUCAUUUUAAUGACUUCAUUUGUCCCACGUCAACUUUGUUGACUUACUCCUCUAAAAGGAGAAAGGCCUUUUUGUUUUACACGAUUUAUGGCCCAGGUAUGAAGUGUGCGGGCCAUAAGUCUGGUUCUUUUGUUUAUAUAGGCUGGAAAAUAGAUGACAGAAUCUUAAAUAUCUUGACUGUUACUUUACCACCCCUGGAAAAGUUGACUACAAUUGAUUUGUGGAACACUGGCCUUCAGGACAAUGGUUUGAACACUUUAGCUACUCACAUUAUCAGCCAUCUUCCCAGUCUCAGAACACUGUGUCUGGACAACAAUCCAGUAACACUUCAAAGAUAUGGGAUCUUUCUCGGUGAAGAGAGCACGGUACAGAACUUGUCCUUAAGGAACUGCUACGUCAAUGAUAUGGGGGCAAGGAUGAUUGGGAGAGCAUUGACAGCCAACAAGUCACUGACAACCUUGAACUUAUGCUAUAACAAAAUAACUUGUGAAGGAGCUUCCUGGAUAGCAAAGGGAUUAAGAAUGAAUAGAACUCUGCUGUCUCUUAAUCUUGGAAGCAAUCUUAUCGGUGACAAUGGAGCAUCUAAAUUAGCAGAGGUGCUUUCAAGCUUUGCUCUCUCUCACGAGGAAGUUGUGGCAAGAAGACUUCUUAUUUCUAAAAAAUCUCCAGAAGAAGCAGGGAGUCCUUCAAGAAAUUUGAAUGCUCCAACCGGUGGUUCAAAGGACAGGCCAGCCAGUGUUCGUAGUGGUACCCACAUGUCCAAGGAAGACAAAAAGAGCCGCGAGAAAAGGGACGCCCAGAAGAAGAAGGAUACAAAAAAGCAAGAAACGGACAAGGCUAAGAAAAUUGCUUCUACGGAAGCUGUCAACAAGAGCGUUGGUAAAGGGAAAAAAGUUAAUACAACCAAAGGUGAUAAAAAAGUGCAACAGCCUGAACAAGAGCAACCUGAAGUUGUAGAAUUCCCUAAUCCACUCCUGGAAAACCCCAUCAAGGAAGAGGGUGGCGAAAUUAUUAUCCCAGGAAACAGAGCUCUUAUCAACCUCAACUUGUCGCGCAAUAAAUGUGGUGAAAUCGGAGUGGAGGCUUUUCUUAUUUCCAUACAAAGACAAGCAGAAGUGACAUCCUUAGUGGGAAAACCAACAGGACUUAUGAGGUUAUCACUGAGUAGAAACCUAUUCACUCCAGAAAACGGAUCUUAUCAAAGGUUAAUGGAACUAAUGCAGACUCGCGAUCCAUUUUACAAACCUCCUCAACCGAGCCCUGUUGACGAAACUAGCGCUUCCACAAAGGACGAGCCGUGACGAGAACAGAUGAACAAGAAAGUAUUGAGACUAAAAGACAAACCAGUCUGCAGCGAAGAGAAGUUCAAUUUAGAGGCCAAUAUUGUUUUGGAGACUUGGCGUACAUUAAAUGCAUUUUGAAUCAAUUUUUUUAAACACGAAGGCGCGCUAUAAAACGAGCCUUAGGUCCCACUGGACCAUUUGUCAAUCAA